AUGCCGAAGCCUUCGUUGAAGAAGCUGUGGGGGCUAGCUGCUCACCACCGACCGGAUUCCAAGGAGAAGAGGAUGGAUCUAUACCCAAAUCCCCAGAUCGACGAGCUUGCGCAGGCCUACCAGGUUUGUUGGACAUCCCUCUUCCUGCAGAAUUCUUCCUGUAAUCAACGUUCCGGUUUAACCGUGGGAGGAAAAUGGAAUGAAGAGCAGAUCAUCAUAUUUGUAUAAUAAUCUGGAUAAAUUUUGAAAUUCUUCUGUUGUUGACUGGUUGUGCCUCGGAACCCGUUUUUCGCCUUGAACUGGAAGCAAUGCUAAGACGGAAUUUGUUUCUACCUGUUUCUCGGUUAAAUUUUAUUUGUGAUGAUGUUUUAUGGCACUUUAAAACCUUGCACGAUGUUAUGAUUUCAUGAACUAGUUGUCCAGAAACAAAGGCAUAAUGAUUACGGUGGGCUUAGUCUUUUGAAUUUUCCAUUUAGUGUUGUUAUAGACUCGCUCUGAAUUUCUGUUGGACCUAACUGUCAUCAGAAGUCGUGAGUACACCUGUUGCCUUUCAAGAAUUUGGAUACUUUUUGUAUCAAGAUAUUUUUAGAAUUUUGGAGAGGUAAAUUUGAACUUCAUUUUUAAUCCAUCUCGUAUGACGGAAUAUUACUGCUAGAAGGCAUCGUUGGUAUUGACAAGUGAUCAAUUGUCCACCAUUGUGAAACUAUGUGAAUUCCCUCAAACCAAUCACGAUUCCGGUCCCCAUGUCUGUUGGUGGUUGCCGAUCGAUUAUCUAACCUCUAAAUAGAUUCUAAAAAUAUAAUGGAUUAAUGACUUUAAAAAUCCUCCCAGACCAUACUCUUGAGAAUGAGAACCUUGUUCUACGUUGGGUUCUGCUAGAAAAUCGAUCCCUGCUUAUUAAGAACUAAUAUUCAGAAAUUUCUGUACUUAAUGACUUUUGUUGGUUAAUAAGAUCUCUGCAUAUUCUUUCCGACUCGCCUACACUUGUUUUGAUUUUCGUGCCUUGAUAGUUUUCCGUGGUAUUGUCUCUAUCAUCCUUGUCAUUGUCUAUGAAUGUCGAAUUGGAUUGAUGGCUUUGAUAAUCAACAAACAUGGUUAAAGGGUGCCUGUUAUGAGGAUCAAAUAUAAUCAAAGACAGAGCUUAGGUGUAUUUUGAAGGGUUGAACACAAUUAUUUUAAAAAAUGUGACUUUUUAUUUUAUGUUUUGUAAAUUAUCACCUUCUGAAGGGUAACCAAAAUGUGGAUAUUUGGAUCAAAUUCGGGAGUAGAAGAAAAUUUUUGGAUACUUAUCCUGGGAGUUGACCUACUAGGCGUUGGGGUCCAACUCAAAAUAAUCGGCAUAGAAAUUUGGAUGUUAAACAGAAGGACAUCCUUAUAAGUUCUGAGAAGAUAUCUUUAUAAAUGAACUUCUUGUAUACACCCUGAAACUGGCUCUGUUAUACUCGAAAAAGCAAACGUUUUGAUUAUUAUUAUUCUUAUUCUUAUUCAUUACUUUGUAUUGAAACGUGUCAUUAUACUUGAAACGUGCAUGUGAUAAUGAAAGACCUCCUUUGCUUUCGUGGAACAUGCAUUGUAACCAUCUAUAUUUAUUUUUAAUUGUCUUUGUCAGUUAUUCAUGUACGUUUCAUGACUGUUGUGGUGAACUUUCUUAUUUGUUGUAAACUUUACAAGACGCAAAAGAAGAGAGAAUAUAAUUAUGAAUGAAUUUCCCCAUUGUUUUAUGGCCAUCCUCCUAUUAUUGCUAGUCUUUCGACAACCUUUUUCUGCCAAGAUUUUGAGAGCAUUGAGUAGAAUUAUGAGUAGCCCACAGUGUAGUUAUUUAAAUUAUGAGCCACAGGGAUCAUGGGCGUGGGAGUUGAAGCUUUGCUGUUGAAGGGCAGCCUCGUUGUUCGUUCAAAAAAUACACUGGAUAUUUAAGUGCUAGAAGCUUAUGCCUGAACAAAAAAAUAUCCACCUUGUCUCGUAGACAAUGGUUAUUUUUAUUCUUUGUUUUUAACGGCGUCUCAUCUUAGAUCUGCUUGGUAAUUUCCUUCUUUCCAGGACAUGCAAGAUAUGAAAGACUGUUAUGAUAGCUUGCUAUCUGCUGCGGCUGCUACUGCAAAUUCGGCAUAUGGUACAUCCAUGUUUGAUCCUCAAUUUUCAUCAUUAUCAUUGAUGAAAAUUAUCAAUUUCAAAGAGUGGUCUAUCCGCUGUUUUGAUGUUCUUCUUUGUGUCUUUAUUUUUCUCAUGCGUGAGGUGGUGAAUAUUAUCCAAGUCUCUAGUUUUGCAAUCUCAUGGAUCCGGGUGGCAACACCGAGUUUUAUCUUUUGUUUAUGGGCUAGUAUUGGUGGUCUUGAUGUAGCUUUGAUUUGGGGUUGGGAAACUAGCGUAAUGAACUUAAUUGUAGGGGAGAAGAAAUUAGCCAAUAGAAAGACAGAGAAAUUGGAUACAGGAUUUCUUUUUGACAUUUUAAAAAGGAAAAUAAUCAGUAUCAUGCUUAAGUUUUCUUCUUAGUUUAUUUAACCCAGAACAGGCUUUAAUGAUGGUCGAAGAAUCAAAGAUGAAACAGGUGUUCUCAGAAAAAUGGUAGCAUCAAUAUUAGAGGAAUGAUGCUGAAUCAAACAUGAGGAAGCUUACCAGGUGUAACAGGCUAAUCCAGCUUUCACAAAUUGGUCAGCUUUUGGACAUCAAAGUCUGGCGUUCACCUCUGGUUCACCAGUGAAGGUGUCAUCGUCGACUGAAAUGUGAUGUAUGGUUGAAGCGUGCGAAUUUACUCUCCUGCUACUUAGGGAACUAUUUCACCACCUUUCGGUGCGUUUCUACCUGUGGCUCAGUUUUUUUUCUCACCUGUCGCCGGAUUAAAAUGAUAUGGACACGAUUAAUUCGACGGGAUUUCAAGAAAGAUGAUAGUAUUUGAAUAUCUUAAUCUUGAUUACUUGAUGUAAGAAACAUUAGCUGAAUCAGGAUAAAUUCAAAACUGUUCUUCUGUAAUUUGGAAAAUGGGAAGGAACAGUAGUCGGCAAGAAGAUAAUAGUAAUGGCUAUUGUCACUUAUGUACUAAAGUGGAACUGUGAAAUAGUAAAGAGAUAGAUAUCUUAUAAAGGUACUGUCUGCUGAAACAGUUAGUCUCUUUCUUGCUCCCAUUCAUUGUUGGGUAACCUUUGCAUGCUUUCAGAUCAUGUUUAUAUCUAUACUCUAUUAUGGGUGUUAUAAAUGUUCAGAAUGGGAAUGGAAUAUUUUGAAUUAAUAUCAUAUGGGUGUCACAUUAUUUUCUUUGACUCAUUAAUUAUUCUGGAAUUUUCUUUUGUAGAAUUCUCAGAGUCCCUCAGGGAAUUGGGAACAUGUCUGCUCGAGAAAACUGCAUUGAAUGAUGAUGAAGAAACUGGUGAGUACAGCAGGAAAUGUUGUUUGAUAGAUAUUCCUAUUGAACAUGUGAUAGGUGCGUUUGUGAUGUAAAUAACAGAUUAACCGUCAUUAGGGAUCAGGUUAAGUUACCAUGAGAAGGUGUAAGUGUUAAUCGUCUGUUGAAAUUCUUUUCUCUUCCUUAACCCAAGCAAACGUGAAGCCAGAUGCAGUGUUUUGGUAAAUUUUAUGUCCACUCGUUGAGAUUUACUCUUGCAAGGAUGGUAGUGUCUGUUUGGCCGGCAAUUCCUUACAUGAGAUUUUUUCUUUGUGGUAAUGGAAUAUAUCAGAGGCUAUUUCCCACCCUGUUUUGGAUGGCCUAAGGCACAGUCAUGAGUUCGUUGAGGUUGAAAAUAACCUAAACACUCUUUUUAUCCGAUGAAUUACCAUUCCUAAGAAAAUUCAGCUUAUCGUGAUUUAUGUUUAUAUUUUCUUGUCCCUGAAAUGAUUCAACCCCAUCCUUCGAUUUUUUUUUGCAUCUUGUAGAUAGCAUCAUAAGGUUUAAGUGGUUUCAGCAAUGUUUUUUUGUGAUUAAAAUCAAAUUUGACUCGCUACUCUUUUGAUUACAUAUGAAAUUUGGUUCAGGUUUUCAGUAACUUUGUCUCGGUUUUAGAUGUUGGUAUCUUCUUUCGAUUGGGAUAGACUUGAAAACUAUCACCUCAAAAUAUAUAUUUCUUCUCAAUAUCUUAUUAUUAUUUUCUAGUUGGUUUGUUUUCUGAGUUUACUGGUUAACUGGUACUUUUCGCUUUGGUUACAUCAACCUGCAGGUAGGGUUUUAUUGACGCUGGGAAAGUUGCAGUUUGAGCUCCAAAAACUUGUUGAUGGCUAUGUAGGUGUUGAUUGCUCUUUGCACAGGAGCUCGGCUCAAUAGUCAUGAAUUUUAAACUUUCAAAUGAUAAUGUUUUUAAUAUAUAGAUGGAUAACGGCCAUUGUUGUAUAUCUUUCAGCGUUCCCAUGUUACGCAGACAAUAUCAACUCCCUCAGAGUCUCUUCUUAAUGAACUUCGAACUGUGGAGGUUUGUUCUUUUAAUGCUAUGUUUUUCUUGUCUCGAAGAUGAUGCUGGACACUAUUAAGUGUCAGUUAAAUGGAUGAAUUAUUGUAGAAUUUCUUGGGUAUCCCGUGCACCUAGAAUUGACUGUUGUGCGGUUUACUUUAAUUUAAUUGAUGUGGUCCUUGCUUGUAUAUUUUUUCUUCUUUUUGAGGGUCAAAAGCUUGACCUAAGAAAAGAAAUAGGGAGGUAUUUACCCUUCCUUCCCUCGUGUGUACCCACCUUUACCUGAGGUUAUUUUAAACAAUGGAAGGAAAAAUCUCUGCUGAACAAGAAUCUUGGUUAAACCUCUUCAAAACUAGGAAUUGAAGUAUAUGUUCAAACUGUCUUAACAAACUGUUUCAUCCUAUUAAACCAUCUAUAAACUUCUUUUAGCUGAAAAUUGGGCUAAGUCCCUAUAAGUUAUACCGGUUACAAUCUCUGUCUGGCUCAAAUUUGUUUACUAAUCUAAGUUUGGACAUUUAAGUGGAAAUGUUUCUAGAUUCUUUUCUGAUGUUUAAGAACUUGCGCAUUCAGUCAUGAAAUGAAAAAUGCAACAUCUUUUAUAUUAUGAUGCCAAUAGAGAUCAGCAUUUUACUCCAGAGACAAUUUUUAUCUCCCGUUCCCAUUUCUUGUAUUCCAUUGACACUAGUGACAUUUUUGAAUUGAAAACUUCUUAUCAGAAUUCUUCCCUUUUUCAUGUCUAGUGUAGCCUUUUCCUCAUUGUGAUUGGUAUCACGCUGAUUUGUUGCUUGUGUCACUUUGAAGGAGAUGAAACGUCAGUGUGAUGAUAAGAGGUAAGAGAACAUUUGUUUACUUAUAUUUUCCAUUCAGUGAUCAUUUUUAUUAUUUUCUUUUCAAUCGAGUUAUAUUUUUUUUCAGAGUUUUAUAUGAACACAUGGUCACAACUCAGAGAGAAAAAGGAAGGUUAAAGAACUCGAAAGAAAGCUUUUCACCACAGCAGUUGCAAGAUGCUCAACAGGAGUACGAUGAAGAGGCAACUCUAUUUAUUUUUCGUUUGAAAUCGUUGAAGCAAGGGCAAUCACGAAGCCUUUUGACACAAGCUGUGCGACAUCAUUCUGCACAGGUUCUAAUGCCUUCAACUAAUUUCCUCUCUUUCUUUCAUGCUUGACUGAGUUUUUAAAACUUAUGCAUUUUUCCCCCUCAUUGGAAGCAGUUGAGCUUCUUCAGGAAAGGAAUCAAGUCCCUUGAGGCGGUCGAGCCGCAUGUUAAACUGAUUGCUGAAAAACAGCAUAUUGAUUACCAGUUCAGUGGACUUGAAGAUUACGAUACAGAUAGUGAUAAUAAUGAUGAAAGUGUUAAUGAUCAGCAUGACGCUAAUUAUGAUGGAGAGCUGAGUUUUGAUUACGGGCAAAAUGAACAAGGUGCUGAUGUUGUUUCAGCCUCCAGGAACUCCAUGGAGGUGAAAGAAGCUACCUUUGUUUUUGUUAUAUCCUUGACAUUUUUUUUCGUAAAUAGUUGAAACUCGUUGUCUCAACUCCCACUCAACCCCCACCCACCCACUGUCACACACGCACUCACAAACACAAAAAAAAAACAGAGAGACAUGAAGGAAACCCUUGUUAGACAUCUCAGAAGCUAUCCCUUCUGAAAACACAGCCACUUUUCGCAGGUGGGGAGGUUGGGGUUUGGUGAAAUGUACGAAAAGCUUUCUAUUUUGCGCAAUACCUCACAUUUGUACAAUGUUUAAGUCUCUUUAUUGAGAUUAUGUUGAAGACUAGGUAGAUAGUGCUUACUACAACAGUUGGGGAGCUAUGCAUGACUAUUGGAUCGUUUCUGAUACGUGUGCUUAAUGGAAAACUUAUGUAAUUUUUCAGUAUUAUUAGAUGCACAAUGCUAUUUGUCAACGAACAGUAUACAACUUUCACAGAGUGCACAGUUAUCGUAUUUGCCUGUUCAAAGUUUAUGUAGAACUAUACUGUUUCUGUAAUACUUCGUGUGCACAGUUCUUAUUUUGAUUUUGCAUGUUAUAGUGGAUCAAGUUUGAUUUCCUUGAACUUUGAACUCAAAAAUCAUUAACUCAUUUCUAAUGAAAAGUGUUCAGCUUCUUGUGCUUCUUCCAUUGAUGGCGUAUUAUUUUAACGAUAUUUACAUGUAUUUUGUAUGUUAAAAGUUGACAAUCAGUUUAGUGCAUUAGUAUGCGUAGGGUUGACCAUGAUUUGGUUUAUAUAUUUCUUAGCAGAUAUUCUGAUCCGUCCGCUUUCAGAAAUAAGUCAUCAGAUAUACUGCCUACAACAUACGAGACGUCCCAGUAGGGUUUUUAUGUAAUUCUCUGAACACAUCCAUGUACGAUCUAUGCCACCAGCAGUUGGUCAGCCCCCGUAAAGAUGUAGAGUCCCUGCUACAGUGAAAACAGGGGAGCACAGAACAGAAACCUUUUCAAUUCAAAUGAUUAGAGUUGUUGUUUGUAAAUGUACACUGCAUUGUUCAGAAGUGAUCUCAAAUAUUCACAUAGAUAACACUAGAGAGGUUGAGGAUAGUCAAGAGAGAUAAAACAUAUGCUCAUGGUGGUGAGUUGAAGAAGAAGAUGCAUGCUAGUAAUUUUCUGUUUUCGUGAGGUGGUGUUGAAGGAGCUACACUACUGCAACGUGAAUUUGACCGGAAAGUCCAGGUAGAGCAAACUGAGCUGAUGUGAUGUGGAUGAAAUUGUGAUCUGCUUCCAUUGAUGACAAGAAUGCACGACUAUAGAAUUCAUACGUUUCUUUGAAAUGAUGGCAUUGUCCCAAUUUAUUUCGGACAACAAAGUCGUCCUAUCGUAUUAGGGUGUUAGAUAAUUCGUAUAAAUAAUGAGAUGCAAAAAGUAGAAGCUAUUCUCUUUUUCGUUGUUAUGAGUAUUUCAUGUUUUCAUGAAUUGGCGCAUCUCGCAGAAAUAAAAAGUUGUGAAUAAGAAAAUAUUUAAAAUCCUUAGUAACUUUAAAUAAGAAGCUGUUUGAUAAUCUAACAUAAUCUUUUUAGCGAUGAAUUCAGCAUUUUUCCUGCUAUUCAAACGCCAGUUGAGAUGCUUGUUUUCAUAUUAAAAUGAAUGUGGUGUAGGAUUUACAUUUCAGAACCUAUUCUCGUUUAUCCAUCUUGAUUCCCAUGUCAAUUUUGACAGUUGGAUCAGGCAGAUCAUACAUCUACCGCAGUUUCGACCAUGGAAAAUGCUCAGGUAAAGCGCUGUUCCUCCAUGCCGCAUAUUUAAGCUUGCACACGAUUAUCAUGUCAAAUUGGGCUCAUUUCAUGUAUUUGUGAGCAAGAUGGCUGCUGAUAUUACUUUAUAUAAGAAGGACAAUCAGUGAUGAUUAAUUGAUAUAAUGACAUAUAGUUGUACCCCAUGCGUUAUGCACAUCCAAGCACUCUGUUGCUUGCGAAUUCUUUCGUGGACUGAUUGAUAUGAUUUGUAGCUGGCACAUUCAAAAUUAUCGUAUUAGCAACUUGUUCUCGAAUAUCCAAAUUUUAUUUUUUUGUUGAGCUGUAUCCUUACCCAAAUCUCAGGAAACGUGAAAUAAGAAAAAGGCGCAUGGAAACUUAAAAUAAACGUGCGCUUCAUUCACAGAUUGCAUUCACGAGAUGAUGCUUUCUGAAUGCAGAAACAUUCCUAUGAAAUAAGUUUUCUGUCAUUAUUUCCAAGUUACUCUGUACUAAACGGGGAAUGGAAAUCACAACUGACUCUCAUCUGUAUUUCUGCAGGAAAAUAUAGACAGAAGCCAGCCAGACUCGCUUUCAUUCAGGAAACCUCGACCAGGGAGUCAGUCGGCGCCCAUUUUUCCUGAGAAGAAAACCGACUCCACUGAAAGGAUCAAGGAGAUGUCCUCCUCGUCGACGAAGAGGUUCCACACAUAUGUGCUCCCUACACCCAUUGAUUUGAGAAGCUCAACUUCACCAUCCCCUGGAAACACAGCUCCUGCUCCCUCGAAGCAGGUGGAUCCGGUGGGCGGUUGGCUGGCACAAUCAUGGCAUUCAUCCCCUCUGGAGCCUCCUGACAAGCAUCCGAGGAAAUCCUCUGCUGAUGCUGCACAGUCGAAUGCCGUCCAAUCACCCUCAGUACUCAAAGAGAGCAACACCAACACUGCAGCCAUUAGGAGGCCGCCUCCCUUGGCCGAGGGCCUUCCUCUUCCCCCAUCCAAGGAACGGUGGGAUCACUCGCCCCAUAGCAUUCCUCCCAACUCUGAUCCUAAAAAGUUCAAGCGACAAGCUUUCUCAGGCCCUCUGCUGAGUAAAGGGUGGUCAAGUAAGCCCCUCUUUUGCGUUCCUUCUGUACAGCACCAGGUAGUCUCCCCGAUACCCCCCCGUGUUCCCACACGUCCACGAUCUGUAUCUCCCAAGGUGUCACCCACCGCCUCCCCCCCUCUGAUGCCCUCCCCUAGAAUGAGCGAGCUUCACGAGCUUCCCAGACCUCCGAGCAUCUCCUUGGACCACCCCAGGCCCUUCGUCUUCGUCGGUCAUUCGGGUCCUCUCGUCUCCAGAGCUCAGGACCCUUCUGUAGGAGGCAAAGCUCCUCUCUUUGCAGCAAGGAUCUCAUCUCCGUUGCCGACGCCUCCGGGUGCCAUGUCACGGAGCUUUUCCAUACCCUCCAGCAGGCAGAGAAGCACACUGAACGCCAUGAAGUUGAUGGGCAAUUCUCCUGCCCAAGAUGCAAACGAGGAGAUUUCUUCACCGCUCGUGAGACCCAUGUCCUUGACAAAUCGCUGGCCGGACUCCACUGCAUCGGAACCCGCUCUGCAUCCCGCGAAAGGCAGAGGUAAGCCAUGGCGCCUUCCCUUGACAAAUUAUUGAGUCCUGCCCGAUCACUCCUCAACUGUCUAAUGGAUGCCAUCGGCGGCUGACACUUCCUGCUGAACUUCAGGUGGCUGAGGUGGAACCGGCCUCUUCCUCCGAGGAGCGGACCUUUCAUUGAUCCCCUUUUUAUAUAUAUAUAUUCAUGUAUAUAACGAUCUGUGAAUUUUCGGCCCGAUUGUCUCUUCUUUUUUUUGGAGGAGUUCGUUAUCGAGUUUUGCGAGAUCAGUCAUCGAUUGCUUCGAAAUAAUGUAA